AUGUCGAAUAUCGCCUUCAAAGCACAGCAGGAGCUCAACUCUCACCACAAGAAACGUGGCACAGAGAGGAAAAGCCUGUCCGCCGAUGAAUCCGGCGUCAAUCAACGCGUCGAGAAGGAUUUUCCCGGAUCAGAGGUGCGAUACGGGAUGUCGGUGACUGGCGGCGGAGGCGCUCGCAGGAAGAUCCCUCCGGAAGAGGGUGGAGAGUACGAUGCUCGCGGGAGAAUGACCGAAGCGCGACAUUUCGAAGGCCCUGACGGCCCGGAGGAAAAGCUGCGACUCGAGGGACGUCUCCCCAGAACGAAGAAGUGA